AUGAAGUAUAUUCACAGAUUUUUACAGGGUCUCUAUAUGCGACAGGUGGAUAUGAUGCUAGAUGACAUCUCAAAUAGUAGUGCGACCCUGUCCAAGAUGUCCAUGAAAUUGCGAAGUGUAUGUGUGAGAAGUAUGCGGAGGCUCAGGAAAAAAAGAGGACAAAAAGUUGGUGGGCUCAACAUAUGUGUACACAUUGAUGAAAGCAAGUUUCGCCACAGACAAAAAUAUGCCAGAGGGCGUUUUGGAGGUGCAAGGAGAAGGAAAAGCUGGGUAUUCGGAAUGGUUGAGAUUUUGCCCUCCCGAAAACCAGUAUUGCGUUUGGUGGACAAAAGGGACAAGACAACCCUUUUACCAAUCAUAGAAAAACAUGUAAAAAGAGGCAGCAUCAUUCAUAGUGAUGAGUGGCGUGCAUACUCAGCUCUUCCAGAGAGAGGAUACCAACACCAGACAGUGAACCAUAGCAUUAAUUUUGUUAAUCCAUCGACAGGGGUACAUACACAGAACAUUGAAAGGGCAUGGGCAAACUUCAAAAGGGAAGUGUGGAGGUUGCGUGCAAACCGGUCAGAGAAGGCUCUCAAAAACCAUCUAAUAUAUAUAGAAUGGACUUACUGGUUAGGCAGGAUAUACAGACAGGGGAUUCUUGGAAGGCUUUUGCAUGACAUCAGUCAGUUCUAUCACUGA